AUGGCGUCAAAUCAUCCCCCCAGGGUGCCGAUACUUCUUCUGAAGACAAAAUCCACCCCCAUCGACACCUACGAAGAGCUCUUCUCAUCAACACCAGUACCAAGCAGCGGCAGCGACGAGGCGCGGACGAGCUUCUCGCCCCAAUUCGUCCCUGUCUUGCAGCACAGGCUCGAAGAGCCCGGCGUCAAUGCCCUGCGGGACCACCUUCAGAACCAGUCCAUAUCCCCCCGUGAGGAUAGCACAUAUGGCGGCCUCAUCUUCACGUCCCAGAGGGCCGUCGAGGCAUUCGCCAAGACGGUCGAGGAAGGCAAGGGCGACCCAUCAUGGCCUCACCUCCAGAACAUACCCAUAUACAGCGUCGGGCCCGCAACCACACGAGCCCUGAGAGCCAUCCCCCAAGCCCCCUCGCCCCUGCAGGUCUUCGGAGAGCACACGGGCAACGGAGAGGUCCUAUCCCGCUUCAUCCUCGACCACUACAGCGAGUGGUACCCCAGCAGGACCACCAAACCCGCCCUCCUCUUCCCCGUCGGCGAGCAGCGCCGCGACAUCAUCCCCAAGACCCUCAUGGACCCAAGCCUCCCCGCCGACCGGAGGAUAGAGGUCACGGAGAAGAUCGUCUACGGGACAGGCGUCAUGGAGAGCUUCCUGUCCGACUUCAUCGCCGUCCUGAGGGACACCGCCGACGCGCGCGAGAGAUGGGUCGUCGUCUUCUCGCCCACGGGAUGCGACAGCAUGCUCCGCGGCAUGGGCCUCCUGGGCGAGGACGGCAGGGUCGAAUCGGGCGCCGCGGCCCGCCGAGAUGGCAGGACGUACGUCGCCACCAUUGGCCCGACCACGAAGCAGCAUCUGGAGUCCAACUUCGGCUUCUCGCCUGAUGUGUCCGCUGAGACGCCGUCGCCUGAGGGUAUUCUGAAAGCGAUAGCAAACUAUAGAGCUUCGGGGAGUAAUUGA